AUGCUCAACUCCGGGGGUUCCCGCCUCCGGGUCUGCACCCGAUGCUGCCGCCGCGUGAGCAAGGCCAGGCCGGGCCACGUUCGAUGGGAGUCAACCGCUGCCGCCGCCGUCAAUGAUGCCGCUGCUGCUCCAGUAUCAGACUCUGCCAAGCUCCCGACCGACCACUUCACAAGCUCUCGACACGACGAUGCCCUUCUCCGCGAGCUGUUCGACGCCCCGUCCAGCCGGCCGUUUGCCAGCUUCAGCCUCAAGAAGAGCCAAGGCCUGUUCAAGAACCGCUACCUGACCAGCCCGGAUGGGUUCCUCGUCUUCGCGCAGAAGAGCCUGCAGAGGGCGACGCGCAUCGUCCACCGGAUGCUCGCCGCUUCGACGACUCGCGAGUACCAGCGCCUGAUCCGGGACCUCGACCGGCUGAGCGAUUUGCUGUGCCGCGUCCUCGACAUGUCCGACUUUGUGCGUAUGACGCACCCAGACGUGCGCUUCCAGCAGGCCGCGGCCGAUGCCUGGUCCAUGGUGUACCAGUACAUGAACCAGCUCAAUACCAUGACGGGGCUGAGCGACCAGCUGGGCGAGGCCAUGUCCCGGCCCGAGGUCACCUCGACCUGGUCCGAGGAGGAGAGGACCGUGGCCGAGCUGCUCAAGCUCGACUUCAUGAAGUCCGCCGUCAACCUGCCCAAGACGGCCCGCGACAGGUUCGUCGAGCUGUCGUCACGCAUCAGUGAUGUCGGCUCGGCGUUUGUCCAGGGCAUGGAGCCGGAGCGCAAGGAGGUGACGCUGCCGGCUCAUCGCUUCUAUGGCUUGUAUCCCGGGCUCGCCGCGCAGCUCAAGAUCCGGUCCAACAUCACCAUCCCCACCACCGGCUCCGAGGCUGCCGCCGCCCUGCAGAGCGUCUAUGACGAGGAGACCCGGAAGGAAAUCUAUCUCGCCCAGCGGACAGCAUCCAGCCGGACCAUUAGGCUCCUGGAGACAAUGCUCAAGCUCCGAGCGGAGCUGGCCAACCUCGCCGGCUUCGAGAGCCACGGGCACAUGGCGCUCAAGGACCGCAUGAUGGCCAAGUCGCCAGCUUCAGUCAUGCAGUUCCUGCUUGCCUUGAGACACCACAACGCCCCCAUUAUCCAGCAGGAGCUGAACGAGCUGACGCAGAAAAAGCGCGAGAGGCUGGCCAUGCAGGACGCCACUCUGCAGGCCUGGGACAGGGACUUUUACAUGGAGAAGAUCCGGGCCGAGAUGCGGUCGCGGGUUCGGUUUGACGACCACUUGACGGCCUACUUCUCCGUCGGCACCGUCAUCCAGGGCCUGUCACGUCUCUUCGAUCGUCUCUACGGCAUCCGUCUGGUCCCGCGCGAGACGCUGCCGGGCGAGACCUGGCAUCCCGACGUCAAGCGGCUCGACGUCGUGUCUGACAACGGCGGCCAAGUAGCCGUUCUGUACUGCGAUCUCUUUUAUCGGCCACAAAAAUCUCCCAACCCGGCGCACUUCACCGUCCGGUGCUCCCGCGAGAUUCUGCCGGAGGAGGUCGAGGAGGUUGGCGCCGACCUCAACGGCCCCGACAUGCCGGCGUUUGAAUCCGCCGAGCAGGCCGCCAACGACGGCAUGGAGACGUCCUCGCAAGACGGCAGCCUGAAGCAGCUGCCCACCAUCGCUCUCGUAUGCGAUUUCCCCAAGAACGACAACGCCCGGGAACCCGCGCUGCUGUCGCUGUACUCGGUCGAGACGCUCUUCCACGAGAUGGGCCACGCCAUCCACUCCAUCCUCGCCCGCACCUCGUUCCAGAACGUCUCGGGCACGCGCUGCGCCACCGACUUCGCCGAGCUGCCGUCGACGCUGAUGGAGCACUUCGCCGUCGACCGCACCGUGCUGUCCCUCUUCGCGCGCCACUGGAAGACGGACAAGCCGCUGCCGUACGACCUCGUCGCCGAGCGCAUGCGCGUGUCCAAGCGCUUCGAGGGCAUCGACACGGAGCACCAGAUCCUCCUCGCCAUGGUCGACCAGGCCUACCACGCGCCCGACGUCGCCGACCCCUCCUUCGACUCGACCGCCACCUUCCACGACAUCCAGCGCCGCUACGCCCACGGGCCGCACGACCCGCCCCAGACCCGCUGGCAGGGCUUCUUCGGCCACCUGCACAGCUACGGGAGCACCUACUACAGCUACCUCUUCGACCGCGUCCUCGCCGAGCGCGUCUGGCGCGUCGUCUUCCGCGCCGGCCAGGACGGCGCCGCCGUCGGGCGCGAGAACGGGGAGCGCCUCAAGGAGAGGCUGCUCAAGUGGGGGGGCGGCCGCGAUCCAUGGACCUGUCUUGCCGAUACGCUCGAGGACGAGCGCCUUGCCCCUGGAAACGAAAAGUCGAUGGCCUUGGUUGGUAGCUGGGGGAUUAGGGGGUGA